AUGAAUCCUAGAAUUAGACGUCAAAAAAAGGACAUGGUUGAUAUUCAAGAAAUGUUGUUAAGAACUGCGCAUAUGCACGAUUUCGUAGCACAUUCAUUCUUUGAUGUUGAUAAGAAAAGUUUGGAAAUUUUAGAAUCAUACAGGAUUUGCUGCCUAAUCUUGGUUUAUGCCAUAAAAAGUCUUCUUACUGGAGUUGAGUUAAAUCAAGAACACAUUGAUCCAUCCCUAAUUCCAUUGAUUCCAAUGAUGCGAUAUUUGAAUAUUGAUAUGAAUGGCGUUACCAGCUCUUGGAAAACGGGCCAAGAAAGAUUAGCAUUGUAUACCCGAUCUAUUCAAAUAUUAAGGGAAAUUGAACAACAUAAGCUUCAAGGUGCUUCAUCGAAUCCAGUAUUAGUUGUACGUGACUUUGCGCGUGCAAUGUUAAAAAUUCCAAUGAACAUUCCGCCAUAUUUUUUUGACAGACAACAAAGAACACGUAUCCAUUGGCUUGAUGUCCCAUAUUUUAAAGGAAACAAAGCAAUUUUGGUUCAAGAAAAACUUGUUCUCAAGUUAGAAGGAAUAGUGCAGUCAGGUUAUGAUGUGUCAAAAAAACUGCAAAGCAUUGAAAUGAUCAUCUUUGGAUCAAAUAUUGAUUUUUUUGAGAAAUCUAACCCAGAAAAUUCUUUAUUAAAUAACUUAAAAUUCUCAGACACAGCAUUAAAUUGUAAAGAGUCGGCUACAAAAAAUACUGAUUCGUUACAAACUUCGGUUGUUGUUUGUAGUGUAGAGAUAAACAAUAAUAAUUAUUUUGCAGCAUCGGUUAUCUUUCCGUUUCCGUUAGGUAAAGAUGGUUGUAAAUUUAUAAAUGUUCAUACCAGAAUUGUUGAUGAUCAAUCUGCUAUGUGGACGAUUGGGCCCGACUUGAGAAUAGUAGCUCCUUCAAUACAAUAG